UAGACUAUACAAGGAUUUGUUAAGGUACUCAAAAACAUUGAAAUUGACCGACGUUGCGUAUUACAAAAAGAGAAUUUCCAGUGAAUUCAAACAAAACAAAACUUUGGACACGGCGCAGGACAUCAGUUACGCUUUCAAGAAAGGAAAAGCUCUAAUCAAACGAGGGUCUAUAGUUUAAAGAUGAUUUGCAUACAGUCUCUCCAUAGAAUCAAAAGAAGUGUAAUAGCAAUUCUGAGCACUCAAAAAGCACCAAAACACACUGUAGAUUAUUCUAGAUUGCCUAAAAUUAAUGAGUGUGAUUUGGCUGAGCAGUUUGUAAGAGGCAGUGGGCCGGGAGGGUCAGCGGUUAAUAAGAAUGCCAACUGUGUAGUACUAACACAUGUUCCUACAGGUGCAGUUAUAAAGUGCCACAUUAGUAGAUGCCAAGAUGAGAACAGGAAACUGGCGCGAGAAAUGUUAAGAUCUAAAUUGGACGAAAUGUUGAACGGCGAAAACAGCGUGGCAGCACAAAUGAAAAGAAUAGAAGAACAAAAAUUCAAGAAGUCAGAGUAUAAAAGGAAGAAAAAGGCACUGCUUAAAGAGGAAUGGAAAAAGCGUGAAGGAUUAACUUAGUAAUGUGUUUGAAUAGUUACCUAUAGAUAGUUACCGCAAUAUAUUUUUAAUACUUAA